AAUGUCAAAUUUUUAUUGUCGCAAAAAUUUCAGUCAUUAUUUUCGCAUUAUUAUUGGUGACAUCAAAUAAGUUUAUAAAGGUACAAAAUAAAUCAAUCAAAAACAUCCCGUGAAAGUUUACAGUGUAAGCCCGUUGUUUUGGCUGUGAGUGCUAAAUUAUCAGUGUUAACGUGUGCAAAGGUCUGCAUAAAUGAAUAAUGUCGUUGAGGUCGAAGGCCCUGGCACUAGUGGAGGUGCUGCUGCGGGUGCCGCCACUGUUUGUGGUGGAUGAGUUCCUCAAGAUCAGCCUGGGGCUGCCGGUGUCCUCGGGCGAGGAGGGCUCCGUGCUCAGCAACAUCACAGUGGACGGAGUGGCGGUCGACAUCUCCGAUCCAGAUGUCAAUUACUACGACGCGAAUUUCUACAACGCGUUCUUCUUCACGAUCGUCAAAUUCCUCGUGUGCUGUUUAGGAUGCAUGUCAGCACUCUGCAUAUUCGUUCUGUACACGAAACAUCUAAUCAUCGUGUACCUCUACCUGACGUCCGUCGGCCUAGUCUUCGUGUCCUACUGGACCAAUGUGUCGGCCAUCAAGCAGGUGCAGGCCUUAACGCUAGUCGAAAACUCACCUCACCAUUCCACCAGCAUCUUAGAAGACAUUUUAAACUUAAACAUUAAAAAUCUCAUUGACGUCGAUGGACCAGGCAUUCUGGUCAUACAAAAUUACGCCAUACAGUUCCUGUUGGCUGUCAUAUUCAAGUACGUGCACCUCGGGCCGCGGUACUCGACCAUACAGAAGCUUCUGCCGAUCAGCUUUAUGGCGCCCUCGUUCCUGGCGAUGCUCCCAGUUCCUCCAAACCUUUUGCACCACUCGCCAGUGUUCUCAGCACUGUUACCACUGUUGUUGGUGAAGUACGUGCUGUGGUCGUCGGCAUAUAAUGUGAUACAAGUGGUGUACGCCGGCUACCAGCACGGACGGCUGUUCGUCAGUAACUACGGACUGUCAGCACUCGUAGAGACGGAGUGGAUGCGUUUGAAUGUUCCGUGCGUUUUGCGAGUGUUCUGGGUUCUGCGCGUCGCUGAACACGCGUUGAUGCUCCUUGUGGACAACUAUGAUGAAGAAGCCGAAGAAGGCCUGAAAGUGUCCACUUUACUAGCAGUACAAUCUCUCGCUUCCAUGACAAAGUCGCUGCUAGUAACUGGCUGCGAAACUAUCACUGCCGUGCUCGGCAUGACUUCUGUGAUCUCAUUCUUUUGCCACUACAUCGGUAACUUCUUCCAAUGGAUUUUGUUAACGGACGAGGAAGAAGACAAAAGUAUAGGAACGGUGUCAGCAAUACUAUUCUAUAUAUUAGCUUUACAGACAGGCCUAACAUCAUUGAAUCCUGAGAAGAGGUUUAUACGCCUUUGCAGGAACUUCUGUUUGCUGUUCACUGCUCUGUUGCACUUUUUGCACAACAUUGUGAAUCCUAUGCUGAUGUCUCUGAGCGCAUCGCACAAUCCAAGUACACACCGGCACAUCAGAGCUCUGGGAGUAUGCGCGUUCCUCAUAAUGUUCCCGAUCUCUUUGCUCGUAUAUUUGUGGUCCCAACAUACUAUUUCCACGUGGCUAUUGGCUGUGAGCGCGUUCAGCAUAGAGGUGAUAGUAAAAGUCAUUGUCAGUCUCAUGAUCUACUCCCUAUUCCUAAUCGAUGCCUACCGAAGUACAUUUUGGGAGCAACUUGACGACUAUGUGUAUUACAUUCGAGCAUUCGGGAACACUAUAGAGUUCUGUUUCGGGAUAUUUUUGUUCUUCAACGGCGCGUGGAUCUUAUUGUUCGAGUCCGGGGGAGCUAUUCGUGCGGUCAUGAUGUGCAUUCACGCCUACUUCAACAUAUGGUGCGAGGCGCGAGCCGGCUGGUCCGUGUUCAUGAAGCGACGAACCGCUGUCAACAAGAUCAAUUCGUUACGCGAGGCUUCCCCCGACCAGUUGAACAGACUCGACGACGUAUGUGCGAUAUGCUACCAAGAAAUGCACUCGGCAAAGAUUACCCGCUGCAACCACUACUUCCACGGUGUUUGCUUACGGAAGUGGCUGUACGUACAAGACAGGUGUCCACUGUGUCACGACAUACUGUACAAGAUUGAGGCAGACGGCAACAAAGACAAUGAGGGUAAUGAGGACAACACCAACAAUCAGAACCUGUUGCUCGAGGAGGAUCCAGAGCUGCUACUGGGCGAGGGCGUCAGAUGACUCGCUCGAGACUAGGCCACGAGAACGCGUACCACUUAGGUUACAACUCACUAUCAGUUUGCGAACCGACUUAUUUGAGUGGUAUAUUUUUUCGAUUUGUAUAGUAAGUUAUUGUUUUUUUUUUUAUAUAUUAUAAAUCAGAUCGAUAUACCUGUGAUUUAAGGUUUAAAUUUUGUCUUGUGAUGCAUGGUUUUUUCUCAAUAUGCUGCGUGAGUUACUUAGUAUAAGCUUAGUGGAUACUCGAUGCUUAAUUUUGUCGACGUCUCCUGUCAUGUACACGUUCCAGACUUUAAAAUUGCAAGUACUCGAUAAAAAUUCUAAUAUUGGAAAUAUUUAUUGAUGGUAUUAGAGGAAAAAAAAAUACGAAGCUAUUUGUAAAUAGUUAAGGUAUUUAGAAAUAGCUUAUAUGAUAUUUGGAGGUAACUUAAAUGAAAAAAUAUAAAAAUAGUAAUUUUCUCCCAUAAUAAACUGUAAAUAAACUAUUAUUUUAGUAGUAAGUGUGUUUUUUCUAUUUGUACAACGUACAUACAUAUUUAAUGAAUUGAUGAUAUUAUGGAUAUCAUUCGGUGUGAAUGAGCUACACAGUUUAGUAUGUAAUUUGUUUGUCUAUGGAAUUAAGGAAGACUCCGAUUCUGCAUUAAAUGUCGAUGAUUGUGUGAAA